AUGCAUUUGUUUGGCACAGCCUCAUCGCCUGAAUGUGCCAACUACAGACUCAAACACCUCGCUGCUCAGGGCCGAGUGGGUAAAGUUAUCCAGCUAUUUAAGGAAGCAAGAGAACUCGGCAACACAGGAAGACUUAAUUUGCACAAAUUUGUGUCGAACAGCCAAGAACUGAUAGCAUCAAUUCCCCAGGAAGAAUUUGCAGUUCACAGUGGCUUUCUGUAUAAAGUUGCUUGGGAUGAAAGACUUAGGAUGACUUGCGACCACAAUGGGAACGUUGGAUUUCAGUUCUAUGAAGUCAAGAUUCAGCGAUGUUAUCUGCCAUCAGCGAUAAAGGAUGUUCAGCAUUAUGAGCUUCAUAAUUUCUCUGACGCUAAUGCUUCAGGUUAUGGAAAAUGCACAUAUCUCAGAGCCAACGACACAUCAGGAAAGAUUCACAGUUCCUUAGUUAUGGGCAAAACAAGAAUUGAUCCUACUAGGAUUACCACCAUACCAAGAGCGGUGAAAGCUAUUGCGAGACUUAAGAGACAUGCCAAGGAAGCCAAAGGUCUCAAUCCAAGAGUCAAUGAAGCAUCAAGCAUUGAAGAGAGAAAGGAGGCAGAAUUCACCAUCAUCAAAAUGAAAGGAAAAAAAAUGAUGGAUCCAAUCAAUAAUAAUUCAUGUUGCCGUGAGCAGUCCACUGUCUCUGGUGGAUCUCCUACAACAACUGCGUUCAUGUUUUCCGCCGGCGUCCUUGGGAACGUGGUGGCCUUAAUUCUGUUGGAAAUACGGAGGAGGAAGCAAUCCGCAUCCUUGUUCCAAGUCCUGGUAACAUCUUUGGUCUUCACAGAUUUGCUGGGGACUUUCUCCGUCAGUCCCGUGGUUUUAACCGCGUACUUGAGGAAUGAAUCUUUGCUCGCGAUGAGUAAAAAACGUUUGGUUUGCGGACACUUUGGAUACGCCAUGACUUUUUUCAGUCUGGUCACUCUCGCCAUUCUCCUUUUCAUGGCAGUGGAGCGCUGGCUCUCCAUCGGACAUCCUUACUGUUACGAGAAGCGCAUGAGUAAACGCUGCGGGUACAUCACCAUCGCGCUCAUAUACCUGUUGUGCGCUCUUUUCAGCGGCACACCUUUCCUCGGAUUUGGGGAGUUUGUUCAGCACUGUCCCGGGACGUGGUGCUUCAUUGACACGCACCCGUUUGCGACAAAGCACAAAGUGUUCAAUAUCAUCUACGCGUCUUGUUUGCUCCUUAUGAUAGUGUUCACGGUUUUGUGCAACGCGUCCGUCAUCUAUCAUCUUUCCCUCAUGUACCGAAGACGCAAGGCGCACCGGGGCUCCGUCCCGCGGCAGAGAGGACUCAAGAAGCCUCGGUCCAUCGCGAAGGAGGUUGAACAUCUGGUGCUGCUCGGGGUCAUGACAAUAGCGUUCGUCAUCUGCUCUCUUCCUCUCGCGAUUCAAGUGUACUUCAACACUUGCUGCAACCAAGAUUAUAACAAAAAUGAUCGCAUAGCCCUUCUUUUAGUAUCGGCCAACCCCAUCAUAGACCCCUGGGUCUUCAUCAUCCUCAGUCCCCCAAUACCUCGUCUCCUCUGGGACAAGAUGUGCAAGACGACACAGUUCAAACCCACGCAGGAGAAGGUCCAUAGCAUCUCUCCCGUCCUGUAUCAGUCAAAGCCACCUGGAGAUUCAGAAGGAGGCAGCGCGGUGGAAGUAUACACAGGGAUUCCUGGAACUGCUGGCUCCUGAGCUCUAAAGCCUCUUUUUGUUUGGGAAAGAUUGUGGAGUGAUUGCUCACUCAUAUAAUGAAAAUAACAGAGACUGAAGAUCCACGUCACUGGAUAACUGACCAGAUGGAUCUAAGACCUGAGGAUGAAAACGAUGGGUGCUGCUGCACCCAUAACAUCAUGGAGAAUAUAACAGGGUAUAUACUCUUUUUUUAGCAAAGUAAACUUAUUUAUUGCCUUUAUUUAUGGAGAGUAAAACAUU